GGCACAGGCUGGGCAGCCCCCAGUGAUGCCCCUUCCCUGGCCAUGGAGCUGAGAGCUCUGUUCCUGCUGCCACUCUGCUUCCCAGGUGUCCAAGGCCAAGCCCCAGAAGCCUACAGACGACGGGAAGGGAACACUCUGUUCAUCCAGUGUCCUUAUGCAGCAUGGACUACUGGCCAGCAGGAAAAAUACUGGUGCCUCCUCCAGGGAAAUGAAAGAUGUCACGAAGUCCUGCGUGUGUACUCAUAUAGAGACACCAGACAAUCCCAGGAUGGGAGAAUUGAAAUAAAGGAUAACGAAGCUAAUAGGAUUGUUUCUGUCACCAUGAGUGGCCUCAAGGCAGAGGACUCAGGCACAUAUUUCUGUGCUGCUCCCUACAGCUACAGCUAUCCAUGGCUAAGGAUGAUCUCGCUGAUUGUUUUCAGGGAGCUGCUCCAGUGGGAGCUGGACACCCUGACAGUGCAGUGCCCAGUGUGGAGUAAUGCCUGGUGCCAAGCUGGGCCCAAAUGCACACCCCCUAGGAUGGGACGAACAUCUCCAGCACAGAGUGAAAUGAAAUCCCUGCAGGACAGAGUAUCAGUGCAGUAUAAUGCUCAAAUGGCUCUCAUUGUCACCAUGAAGAACCUGCAGAUCCAGGACUCUGGUGUGUACUGGUGUGCACUGGACUCUGGGCACACCAGGAAAAUGGAGGUCAAGCUCUCUGUGUUCAAGAGGACCCAGAAGCUCACAGCUGAGAAGUCAGCCAACAUCACUGUCAAGUGUCACUACAAGAUCGCCGACUACAGCACUGUCAGCAAAGCCUGGUGCAAAAGGGAAGAGGGGAAAACGUGCAAAGUGCUGGUCACCACCACAUCAGAGUCCCCAGCAGCAAACAGCACGGCUCAGGAGCGUGUCAGGAUCCAGGAUGACACCCAGCAGGGCAUUGUGACCGUCACCAUGGAGCAGCUGCAGGUGCAGGACUCAGGCGUGUACUGGUGUGCGCUGCUGGACGGCUCCGGGCUGCUCCGCAUGGAGGAGAUCACACUCAACGUUUCCAAGGCGCUGCGUCAAGGACGUGGUUCAUACUCUGAAAACCAAAGUCAAGAAACUCUGGGUGACAGUGAGAACACCUUCCUCAUCCUGUCCGUGGUGCUGCUCAUCCUGCUGCUCCUGGCCCUGCUGAGCUGCACAGCCCUGGCUGUCAGGCACUACAGGCUGCUCCUGAGAACAGGUAACAGAGAAGCAGAGGACACCAGUGACCGAGCAGAGGGCACAGCACAGCCUGGCAGCUCUGGGAGGAGGGAGAGUUCUCAGGAUGGCAGCAAAGGGCCAGCAUACAUCAACCUGGAUGUGCAAUCCCCCUCCAGCCCUGAGGAUCCUCUUUACUGCAAUGUGGAACCGAGCCAGGCUCCCAGGAACCCCCAGCACGUGGAAUAUGCCAUCAUUGCCUUCAACCAGGCCCCAAGGACCAGCAAGGAAUGAAGCACAGAACCCCAAACGAGCCAGGAAUGGGAGGAAGGAACUGGAAUACACAGUGGGAGCGAGGAUAGGCGGUGUGUGGAUGGACAAGCUGAGUUUUGCUGCUGUGUGUGGUGUUUGCUGAGCAUUUUCAGCCCUCCCUCUUGUUUUAGAAAGCAGAGGUUUUGGCACUCUUGUGGCAGGCAGAGCUGUGGAGGCAUUCCCAGGAUCUCUUGUACGUCUGCUUUUCCAAUCCCAUUAAAGUGCAGAACCUUGGAGAGGCAGGUGUGCAGAGGAGCAGUGUGGACAUGGCUGGGUGGGAUAUCCACCCCAAAUCCUGCCCCAAUCCCAAGAAUUCAGC